GUCAGCCUUAUCACUUAUGGGCAAUACAGGAAAUUUCGUCUUUCUCACAUCAGGACGGUGAAGCUGAAGGCAGAAGAGUUUUAAAACAAGAUUCGACUCAUUUGCCCAUUUGAAAAGCGAUACCACAGUACAGCGCUCUUGUGAAGUAAUUUCCACGUUAUGCAAUAUUCUGUAAACAGGUGGGAAACUGUGAGAUAGACGCCACAGAAGAAGAUAUAUGAGUGAAGGGCUUCAUGUUGCAUUACAGAAUGGAUGGCUGUGUAAUUUCACCUUUGUCAGAAGAAUUAAUUCCAUAUGAUCCAGACACUCGGCCAAUAUAUGACUUCUACCCGUAUCUCAGUACUGACCCUCAGACUCAUCCUGAAAGUGGCUGGGACUACACAGGCAUUCAUGGCCAUCACGGUGAAUUUGAGCCGCCUCAAGGAAACCAUUUCACAGAGCUGCAUCCCAGCACAUACCGCUACGGAGAUGUGGAGUCCUUCCAUCCAUCCGUAGAUUCAGGAAUGGGAACACUUUUACCUGUAGUUCCUCCACAGGUGGUUUCGUCAGGGUGCGCAGGUGGAUUGGAUGCAGUUAAUUACCACAGAUGUGUCCCAGCUCUGAGAGUUAGUGCACCCUCAGUACUGUAUACCUAUGUCCCCCAUCCACUGUACCAGCGGUCCCCUGUCCCCCACUGCAGUACUGAUGAUGAGGACCCCGGGGGACGCAGUCCACCCUUUGAGGUGUCCGAGGGUGAGGAGGACAAUGACAAACAUCCAGGCAUCUCCAGCACUCUAUCAGGAAACAAACGGAAAGUGCGCCUCUAUCAGUUCCUCCUGGACCUUCUGCAGGACGGAGACAUGCGGGACUGCAUCUGGUGGGUGGACCGAGAGCGAGGCAUCUUUCAGUUCUCCUCCAAACACAAGGAGAUCCUUGCCAGCCGCUGGGGCCAGCAGAAAGGCAACCGCAAGAGAAUGACCUACCAGAAGAUGGCCAGGGCCCUGCGCAACUACGGCAAGACCGGCGAGGUCAAAAAGGUCAAGAAGAAACUCACGUACCAGUUCAGCAGCGAGGUGAUGAGGAGGAUGACUACGGACAGGAGGCAGUAUCAUCACUGAAACUCUGGACAGAAAACAAUUCCUUUAGAUCCAGUGUCUCUUACCUACGAUAUUCUCAGAUUCUCUCCUGGCAUUGUUCUGCAGCAAAACAUGUAAUCUCAGGGAUAUGUAAUAUGUAUAGGUAAUAUUUGAGUAGCGGACAAAUGGACAUGGACAAUAGACAUUUUUUAAGGUUAAAGUUGAUGUAUUUUUAAACGAGUACAUGUUUCCACGUUUCAAUGCUGUAACUGGUCACUAUUUGUUUUUUGCCCCCCACCCCCACUUUUAAAUUGUCCUGACUUCAUUAUUGUUAGAUUUCGAUUGUUCAGUGGUGUGACAAAUGAAUUUUAAAAGGUAUAAUAUUUCAUGUAGUCUUUUGGUUAAUAUGGUUAUGAAAACUGCAUGCACAAUAAUAAUACAAAUUUAAUAAUAUAAUUCUAAUAAUAAUGUUACACUUAUAAUAACGUUACACUUCAGGACGUUUAAAUGUUUUCAGCUAUUUUGACACAUUUUGACUUCCAUAUGCUUCAUCCACACAAAUAAGCAAAGCUUUAACUUAUUUUAUGCUUACUAAAGCUAAAAAUCUGUUUUUAUAUUAUGCAGAGGCGUCACACUGCUGAAUAAUUGAACCUAGUCUUGAAAAUAGCUUAUUUACUUCCUGUUGGGUUUCUAUAGCAACAAAGAUCCUUAAGAGAUCCAAGACUGUUAAAAAAUGGAUUUUGUGAGUCACGCCAUAAAUUCACAAGGAGCAUUUUUGAAGAAUAAAUAAAUAAACUAAUAAAUAAUUA